GAGGAGAACUCAUCAAUUGAAGGCAAAAUUAAUUUUUUCCCCUACUAUUUUCUCUUUCUUUGUAGCAUUGGCUUCCUCUCAAAUACCAUAACGCAAGGAGUGACAUUGCAGAUAGAUAUCUACAAAAGAUAGAUGGUGGCACAAGAAGGCUUGCCUAUUAAUUUUUCCAUGAGCUCGUACGCAUUAAGAUGCCGAUACCUGCUAUUUUCAUCAAUUUUCUACAAAGAUUACGGAAGCUCCUUUAAAUUUUCUGUGUUGGAAUCUAUAUGUUGGUAAUAAUUCAUUUGUUUUCUUUUAUUUCAAUUUGAAGGCGUGAUUAUCUGAAUAGAUUGUGUCCGGGCAACUCUAAUGAGAAAUUCAGAUCUAAAGUUCCUACAAGAAGGUUUUUGGAGACUUUGCCAUUGAAAGAACGGUGCAAAACUUGGCGUCUUGAGUUGAUGGAACAUGGUUCUCCAAAUCAUGGAUUUGACGCUCUAAAGCACCUAGCUCUAGAUGAUUCUGUUGAAGAAGUUUUGGAAGUCCUGCAGGAAUAUGCUCGAUUAGUCCAAGGACUGUGGGUUCCAAAGAGUUCGCUGGUACAUGGAACAGAUUCAGGAAUUGAAGUUUGAGCCAGGGUCUAUAUUCUUCUAUUGUUUAGAAAGAAUCCACUAGUUAACGAUUGACAAAUACCUCAACGUCCUCAACUUCCUAAAGCAAUGAAAGACUUCCUAAAUGUAUUGGCUGUUGAGAGACCCAUCCUCCUUCAGUGAUUGGCAACUCAGAGAGCUUCCCGAUCGAAGAUUCAUAAAACUCAAUCCUACUGUUGCAAAGAAACAAGAAGAAGAAUGGGAAUCCUUGGAAAAGAAGACAAAUGAUCCUCUGUUUGGAGGAAGAAACGAACCUAGUACAAAGACUUCUUCAAAGUCUAAUGUCAUAAACAAUCCGGCCACGUCAAUGAGUUCCAGUAAAUUAGCUCUCAAAACUCCAAAUGAGGAAUCCUCGAGGACGCCAAUGCCAGAGACUUGAGAAGCUUUAAUGAAGGCCCUUUAGAACCUUUUAAAAGGCAUCAAGGUUUGCAGGAAACAUAGGAGUGUUAUGGUUUUCCUGUGGCAGUUUAGUUUGAUUGUCAAUAGAUGGAAUUUACUUGGCGCUAUGUAUGCCAGUUUUCAACAAAUUUGCCAGCGUUUGAAGGACUUGGCAGAUUCUGAGUCCGCCCGUUCCAGGGGAUUUGCCAAAGAGACAGUUGCUGCAGCAAACAGCAUUUGUGCUUUUCCUGAUGAGCUUCAGGCAAUCAUUAGUCGAUUUGCAUUUGAUAUUCAUGGUGUCUAUGUUCCGAAAUCAUUUCCAGAUCAUCCACAAUAUGAUCCAUUCAGGAAGGUUGUCAUUGAUCUUCUUAUUGCUGAAGGACCAAAAGCAAAACUCAAAGAGGUUCCCAUAGUCGAGGCUGCUAAGAUGGAACUUAAAAGGGAUAUACCUCAGAUUGGAUAUCAGAAGGUUUUACAGGAACUAUGUCUAUCACAAGGUUUUGAAUGGGUCCUUAAAAGUGGCGAUGGAAAUCCACAAAAGUAAAGUUCAUGCAACCAAAUUCUACGUUAGUCUACGAGGUAAGAAUUAGCAUAUUUACUAUGUAUUACGAUAAGUAAUAAAGUAGACACAUCUCACCACAAGACUUAAUGGAAAAUUUCUAAAUUGCAUGAAAUUCUUGAGCUUUGUGUUCAAGAAAGAAAAUCUCUGCUUAUUCUGUUUACAUGGAUCAUUGUGAUCUGUUGUUGUUUGUCUGAAUUUACCCUUAAGUGCCUUGGUAAUCGAGUUGAUGUGAUGUCUGAGUUUUGCAUUUUGAAAAGAGGAUUUACAUCGUUCCUUGAAGUUAUAUCAGUGCAUAGCAUCAGUUUAAAUCAUCCUUGAAUAUUGCCUAAUUGAUUCUCAUCACAUAUUGGAAUUUGAAAAGUUAAUAGGUCUGUUUAAUGUAAACGCAGAAGUACAUAUACACAGAACAAGGAAUGUGUGUUUACAUAUACGUAUUUGUGUUUAAACUACUAUUAAGAUGGCUGAGGUACAAAAGUCAUUUGUUGAAAAUGGUAAGGAACCUGUUUCUUUGGAAGCAGCAAGGGAUGUAUUCUUGAUAUCUCGAGUGGCUCUUUGAACAUUCAACCUUCAGUGCAGCUAUGAUGAUUUAAAAUAUACAAAGGAUACCAAAUACACUGGGGAUGAGUCUUCCAUGUAAUUAAACACAUUAAUAUAUACCAUCAGAAAUAAUAUUUUGUUAAAUAUAUAUGAUUUCAUGCUGCUACAAUAUUGUAUCCUUCUGUUAGCAUUAAUUCUUUUUCCCUUUAAAAUGUUCGGCCUUAUUGUCACUUGUCAAUACCGUGGUUCAUCCAAACAAUUCAUAUUUGAUAUUGACGAAAACGAAAAAUUAUAAUGACUUGCAAAUGUAUUAAUUCUCUUAAAUGAAUUAAAGAACCUUAGUGCUACAACCUGACUCGUGGUCGUGGUUGUCGUAUUCAAUUUAAUUUUGUGCUCCCAACCCUUGUACCUAAGUCGAAGUGAUGCAGUAGACACCUC